AUGGACUCUACAGUACGAACCUUUCAAGUUUUUGGCCUCACCUCGAGCCUUGUCCUCGCGGGCAUAAACCUUGGCUCUUCACAUCUCACAGUCCCUCUUCUCUACAACCAGCCUACCUCCAUCAAUACGCCCUUCUUCAAGGACUUCUACACCCGCGGGGCGGUGACCCUUGUUCCGCUCGCUCUAUUCUCAGGUGCAUCAUCUGGAAUAGUUGCUUAUCUUGUCCCGGCUCAACGUACGCUCUGGGCAGUUGCAGCUGUCGCUACAGUGUCUCAGCUGCCCUGGACGGUGCUUGGGAUGAUGGCCACGAACAAUCGACUCAACGAUAUUGCUGCCAGUAGCGUUGAGCAGGAGAAAGUUGGUCGUGAUGAGGUCGUGGCUUUGUUGAAGAAGUGGAGAUGGAUGAAUAUCGUUCGGGGGCUUCUGGCCUUCACUGGAGGCUUGUCUGCUAUUUUGGCUCUUCAGAAUGAGUAA